CCCGGCACCAACACCGUCGACGAAGAUGACCGUCGCCGCCGUUUGCAGCGGGACGCGUCUCCUCGACUUCGGGUCGGCCUGCGUACGCGAUUUCUGGACGGCCCUCGUCCCUGCUGUGCUGGUGGCACUGCUGUGCAUCGCGUCUAUUCCUCUGCCUUCGCGCACGAAAGGCGUUAUCGACUUCGUGAAGGCGCCUUUCAGGACGUAUUUGACCUUGGAAGAGGCCGAAGCCAUCGACGCGGAAGUAUCAGGCGAGAACGGAACAAGCGCCGAGACGCAGAAGCCGCGGACGCCGUUGUGGAGGACCCUGCUGCUGUCAUGGACAGCGCUGCUGCUGGCGCUCGCAUGGCUCGGUGUGGGAUCGUUCAGGCUGUUCACCCAGGGAUCCCAAAACGCACUGCAUGGGGUUGUUGCCGUAGUUGUGGCCCUAUCUUGGAUAUACGCGGCGGCCAAACCCGCGCUCAACCCAAAGCCGACGCCUCAUUACGGCUUGUUCGCGCUUUACAUCGUAUUCUUUAUCUCCACCGUAUUCGUCCUCGGCGGCUACGUCUACGAUGACAAGGUGGAAGGCGUCCCUCUCCCCGUGACGUCGGUUGUGGUCGAGUCUAUCAACCUCGCACUCAUCCUCCUCCUCCUCAUCGUGCAACUCAAGACCCCGCUCGCGAUCCCCAGCUCCCGUGUCAAGCCGGAAGACAUUGGCCUCUCCGUCUCCGCGGAGGAUUACACCACCCUACUCGGCUGGAUCACCUUCCACUGGGUCUCGCCCCUCAUCAAACGCGGCACCUACAACACGCUCAACGAGUCUGACAUCCCCCGCCUCAGCCCGACGAUGCAAGCCCGCCCCGUGUUCACCAAGUUCAGCCGCAUCCAGCGCAGCUCGCUCCUCCGGCGCCUCUGGGCCGCCAACUCCCUCGACCUCAUCCUCGACUUCGUCCUCACCUUCACCUCCGUCGUCUUCAACUACGCCGGGCCGUUCUUCCUCAAGCGCAUCCUCGAGUCGAUCGACCACCCGGAGGACCCGCGAAGCCGCGCGAACGCGUACAUCUUCGCGUUCCUUGCCUUCGUCGCGACGCUCUGCAAGGCCGAGGCGGAUGUGCAGCACUUGUGGUACGGCCGGCGAGCGGCGGUCCGCGUCCGGUCCGAGCUGAUGACCUCAAUCUACGACAAGGCUUUGAAGCGCAAAGACUUCUCCGGCAUCGUGGACAAGGACAAGGGCAAAGCGGCCGCUAGCCCGGAGGAGGCGAAGAAGAGGGCGAAAGCCAUGGGCAAGGGCAAGGACACCUCGGACGACCCGAAGGCCGGUGCCGACAUCGGGAAGAUCGUCAAUCUCAUGGCUGGUGAUGCGAACCGCUGCGCCAAUUUGGUCAGCGGCGCCUACUUCAUCUACGGCGCCCCCUUCGAAAUCAUCAUCGCCAGUAUAUUCCUCUACCAAAUCCUUGGUUGGUCCGCCUUCGCCGGUUUCACAGUGCUUGUCGCCGGCUGGCCUUUGAACUCGUACAUCGCGCGGCGCCGCAUUCGUAUCCACAAGGGCGUGCUCAACGCACAAGACAAGCGCAUGGGCGUUCUCAACGAGCUUAUCACGUCCAUCAAGCUCAUCAAGUUCAUGGCAUGGCAAGACCGCUGGAUCAAACGAGUGAUGGACGCUCGCGAGGUCGAGAUGCAGUGGAUGAUCAAAAGCCGGAUCAACUCCAUCUUCUUCAGCUUGCUGUGGACGCUCGCGCCGAUAUUGGUGUCGGUCGUGUCGUUCGCGACUUACAUCUACACCGGGCACGAACUGACGGUGCCGGUCGCGUUCACCGCGAUCGCGUUGUUCUCGAUGAUCAGGCAGCCGUUGAACGUCAUCCCGACGUGGAUCGUGCAGGUAUUGCAAACACUCGUGGCGGUUAACCGUAUCGCGACCUACCUCGGCGAGGACGAAGUCAGCGAGCAGGUUUCAUCGCUUAAGAAGAAGGCGGGUCCUCCGGAUGACACGGAGGAAAAAGGCUUGGGCAUCCAGCACGGCUCGUUCCGAUGGAACCAGGUGGAGGAACAGAAGGAAGACAAGCCAGCGUCUCCUACGGAUGAAACGGAUACUGCCGUAGAUAGCGCCUCUGUCAAUGGGCAGAACGGCGAUCAUCGUUUCGAGUUGAAGGAUAUCGACGUUAUGUUCCCCGACGGCGCGCUCAGCGUUAUCACCGGACCCACUGCCAGCGGGAAGACAGCGCUGCUGAUGGCGCUCCUGGGAGAAAUGACGCAGUUCGAGGGGAAGCUCGUAAUGUCCAAGGAUGCAUCGAGGGUCGACGAGCAUGGUAACAUGCGCAUCAUCUCGUACGCCGCACAAUCUCCCUGGUUGAGGCACCAGUCCAUACGCGACAACAUCCUUUUCGGUUACCCGUAUGACGAAGAGCGCUACAACGAGGUCAUCGAAAGCUGUGCGCUCACUACUGACCUCGACAUCUUGGAAGAUGGUGAUGCUACGGAGAUCGGUGCCAGAGGCGUGUCUCUGAGUGGCGGACAGAAGGCGAGAGUGGCGCUCGCGCGUGCAGUUUAUGCCAGGACAAGAUACGUGUUGCUGGAUGAUCCUCUCAGUGCAGUCGACAGUCAUACAGCCCGCGUGCUGUUCGACAAGCUGCUGUGUGGCCCUUUGCUUGCAAACCGUACGGUCAUCCUCGUUACCCAUCACGUGGAACUCGUUCUCCCGGGCGCACAGUAUCUGGUUCGGAUGCUUGACGGACGUAUAGACACCCAGGGCUUCAUCAAAGACCUUCGCGCCCAAGGAGUGCUAGAAGAAAUAACUCACGAUGCCAGUGCGGAUAUCAAGGAGGGAGAAAAGGAAGCCGCUGAGGAGGCAGCUGUGGAAGCCAUCGAAGGAGAGGCUGCACCAGCAACGAAGCUGGAUGAUAAGGCCAAAAAGCCCAGAAAGCUUGUCAAGGACGAGGCCAGAGAGACAGGCAGCGUGAAAUGGCACAUUUACAAUACCUACCUGAAGGCUUCUUCGUAUUGGACCUGGGGGAUCAUCUUCUUCCUGAUCAUCUGCAGUCAGUGCAUGACUAUCGUGGAGAAGUUGUGGAUCAUGACCUGGGGUGAUGCCUAUGGCCGCUCCGACGCAUCGUCGUUUUUCGCGUUCACUUCCUUCGCGACACCGGAGCAUGAGAUGCCGAUGGAAGGGUCUCUUUCUACUCAACAUCUGCACAAUUUCAACCGCGUGCCUACAGCCUCGGGUAUACAGGAUAGGCUUCCAGAUGCGCGCGAGCAUCCGUUCUUCUACGUCGCCGUCUAUGCGUGCAUCGGUUUGACAUCCGCCACGAUCAGCAUUUUGUCGUCGGUAACGAACUUUACUGGUGCGUUGAGGGCAUCUCGUCGACUCUUCAGUCAAUUGUUAGUUAGCGUUGUAUGCGCGACCAUGCGAUGGCAUGAUGUGACGCCCGCUGGAAGGAUGCUGAACCGGUUUAGCAAGGACAUCGACACCGUGGAUUCCUCUCUUGCGGGAUCCCUUCAGGCCGUGAACUCGUCACUUGCAACUUUCUUGGCAUCCGUGAUUGCUGUUACCGUGGUUUUCCCUACGUUCCUCAUCCCAGCGGUGCUCAUCGGCCUUGUGUACCGUCACCUCGCGAUAGGAUAUCUCAACACGGGACGAGACCUGAGACGUAUGGAGUCAAACAGCCGUUCCCCCAUCUUCUCUGGUUUCGGUGAACUGUUGGAGGGUAUUGUCACUGUUCGUGCUUUCUCUGCCGAGAGCAAGUUCUUGAACGACCUUUUCGGAAAGGUGGACAUGACAACGAAGAUGUGGUACAAUUUCUGGAUGACGAACCGCUGGCUAUUGCUUCACUUUGAUGCCCUCGGCGCUCUUGGUGUAUUGAUUACGACGCUCUUCGCUCUAUCUGGAUUGGUUUCAGCCGGCUUAGCAGGUCUUUGCAUCACCUCAGCGAUGUCGUUCACCACCAGCGUAUACUGGGCAUGUCGCUUUUGGACAGCCCUUGAACUUGACCUGAACUCUGUGGAGCGAGUUGUCGAGUAUUUGAAUCUUCCUCAAGAACCUCCAGCAAUCAUUGAAUCACAUCGCCCGCCUGCCUAUUGGCCUUCGAGUACCACUCAGAAUCCGCUCAUCAGCGUGCAAGAUCUCGUGGUACGAUAUGCGCCCGAGCUUCCACCGGUGCUGCACGGAGUAUCAUUCGACCUGAAACCGAGAGAACGGAUCGGUCUCCUGGGACGUACUGGGAGCGGAAAGAGUACGCUCGCAAUGUCGAUUCUCCGUUUUGUCGAUCCGGCCAGCGGCAAGAUCGUAAUCGACGGGAUCGAUAUCUCCACGAUUGGCCUUCAUGACCUCCGUUCAAGACUUACUUUCAUCCCUCAGGACGCGACGUUGUUCUCAGGGACGCUCAGAGAAAACCUGGAUCCGUUCAUCGAACACACGGACGAGGAAUGUCUCGAUGUCCUGUUUAGGGUGCAGAUGAUUACAGAAAGCGCAUACCAAUCCCAGCGCACAUCGAGGGAGGCAUCCCGCGCUCCGUCCAUCCACGAACGUGAGAGUACCAGCGACAGCGGAUCUACCUCCCCGACCAUGAGCACUACGGUUACCGAGGUGGAUGCGAAGACGUCCAUCAACCUGGAUACGCAGGUAUCUCCAGGGGGUACUAACUUUUCUCAGGGGCAGAGGCAACUGAUCGCUCUGGCCCGCGCUCUCCUACGCCGGAGCUCCAUUAUUAUCCUGGAUGAAGCUACUUCGAGUAUCGACUUCGCUACCGACGCCAAAAUCCAGCAGACAAUACGGGAGGAGUUCGGUGAUUCGUUGUUGUUGACGGUGGCCCAUCGUCUGCGCACGGUCAUUGAUUACGACCGCCUGAUCGUCCUCGAUAAGGGUACGAUCGCCGAGUUCGAUACCCCCUACAACCUCCUACAAAAUCCAGAUGGAAUUUUCCGCAACAUGUGUUUGAAGAGCGGGUCGUACUCGGAGUUGGAGGGUGCCGCAAAGGCUAAGGCCGGGCUUUGAAGAUGAAAUGAUUUGAUAUUGGUUAGAAACAUACGGUGAUACGAACGCAAUCAAUGGCUUGGACCUUCGGUUGGCAUUAUGGUCUGCACUCAGGAUCAUUGCAUGAUAAUGUGUUAGGCUGGCAGCACGCCAUUUGCUCCAUGAGACUACAAUGGUUGCAUGGUACAUGUAGCGUUCAUAAUCCCAUUCGUCCUGAAUCCAUAUACCCUCC